AUGACGUUGUCGCGUCUGGAUAGUGUUUUCAUCGCGAGAAUCGCUGACCAGGCGGAGCGCUACCAAGAUGUAAUCGCACAGUUGAAGAAUGUCAUCACCUUCUCUAAUGCUCAACUGACGGUCGAGGAGCGGAAUCUCUUGUCUGUCGCGUACAAGAACAUCACGACUAACCACCGAGCUAGUUGGCGCACCAUUGACACCCUGCAGAAGCAGCACGCCGGUCGGGUUCCAUGGCAACACAUGUCGCUCAUUCGGCGAGAGAAGGAUCGGAUCGAGCAGGAUCUCAUCGAAACGUGCAAGGAUAUCGUUGAACUGCUCGAACGCUUUCUCAUACCGGCCGCCAACCCUGGUGAAGAGAAAGUGUUCUACUGCAAGAUGAGGGGAGACUAUUACCGCUAUUUAGCCGAGAUGACAAAGGGUCAGACACGCGAGCAGUACUCGUCGACAUCGCUCGACGCCUACAAAUUCGCGUACAAACACGCAACGUGCACUCUUGACCCAGCGCACCCAACGCGCCUGGGGUUAGCUCUCAACUUUGCUGUGUACUAUCACGACAUCGGUCAGAGUCCCGACAGGGCAUGUUUCCUUGCGAAACAUGCGCUUGACGAGGCGGUAGCGGUUGCUUCUGAUCCUUCGUUCUCCACGCAGAGUGUCGAGGAUGCGUUGAUGAUCCUUCAGCUUCUAAAGGACGACUUGUUGUUGUGGUCUGCGGAAAUGCAGCAUGGCAAGAAUGGUGGUAGUAAAUAA